GAACCCUGUUGGAGGUCACCAACUCACCAUGUUUGACGUUUGACGCUUGACGCCUUCUUCUCCAAUCUCUCUUUUUUUCUCUUUACCCACUACAUUUGUUCUGCUGAGCUGAAACAGGGUCGUCCUUCUUCUUCCCCUUUUUAACUUCAUUGAUCCGUUGUCAAAACAUCCAAUUGUCUUCGUUUCACGCUUGAAUUACGGGAAGAAAUGGGAAUUAGGGUUUGGAUUGGUCCCGAAAAGGACCUUUAAUGGCGAGCAGGUAUUGAUUUUUAUCGUCCGAUUCGCUCUAGGGUUUGAGAUGUCUGUUGCCGAAUUGAAGGAGCGGCAUAUAGCUGCUACAGCCACUGUCAAUGCACUCAGAGAACGGUUGAAGCAGAAAAGAACUCUUCUUCUCGACACUGAUGGUAGUUCAAGCUGCUACAGCCACUUUGCCGGGUAUGCCAGGUCGCAGGGACGAACACCAGUUAGUUUUGGCCCUACCGAUCUGGUCUGUUGUAGGAUAUUGCAGGGGCACACGGGGAAGGUUUAUUCAUUGGACUGGACUCCUGAAAAGAAUCGAAUUGUCAGUGCAUCACAAGAUGGGAGGUUAAUUGUGUGGAAUGCUCUAACGAGCCAGAAAACUCAUGCUAUUAAGUUACCAUGUGCAUGGGUCAUGACAUGUGCCUUUUCUCCAAAUGGUCAGUCUGUUGCAUGUGGUGGUCUUGAUAGUGUCUGCUCUAUCUUCAAUCUAAACUCUCCAGUUGACAAGGAUGGGAAUUUACCAGUAUCAAGGAUGUUAAGCGGGCACAAGGGUUAUGUAUCUUCAUGUCAGUAUGUUCCAGAUGAAGAUACUCACCUAAUAACCAGUUCUGGUGAUCAAACGUGUGUUUUGUGGGAUGUUACCACAGGCCAGAGGCUUUCUGUGUUUGGAGGUGAAUUUCCAUCAGGGCACACAGCUGAUGUACUAAGUGUAUCAAUCAAUGGAUCCAACUCAAAGAUGUUUGUUUCUGGUUCAUGUGAUGCAACUGCCCGGUUGUGGGACACCCGUAUUGCAAGUCGAGCAGUGCGCACAUUUCAUGGCCAUGAAGGAGAUGUUAACACUGUGAAGUUCUUCCCAGAUGGACAAAGAUUUGGAACCGGCUCAGGUGAUGGAACAUGCAGGUUAUUUGACAUGAGAACUGGGCACCAGCUUCAAGUCUACCAUCAGCAGCAUGCUGCUGCUGAUGGUGAGGUUCCUCAUGUGACCUCUAUUGCCUUCUCAAUAUCAGGCAGGCUUCUGUUUGCUGCAUACUCAAAUAAUGAUUGUUAUGUAUGGGACACCCUAGUGGCAAAGGUGGUUCUAAAUUUGAGAUCUUUGCAAAACUCUCAUGAGGGCCGGAUCACCUGUUUAGGUUUGUCAGCUGAUGGAAGUGCCUUGUGUACAGGAAGUUGGGAUAAGAACCUGAAGAUUUGGGCUUUUGGAGGCGACAGGAGAGAGAUCUGAGUUUUCCAAGCAGAAAGGUUACAAAACUCUGGUUUACGUGGAUUGUGUUGCACUGCUGCAAGUCAUGUUCUUUCAUCCACUUCUCAAUUCCUAACAGGAAUAUUCAUGGGACAAUCUUGACUCUUUGAUCAGGUGCUGCAGUGUCUCUACGCCUUGAAACAUGUAAUUCGUUCCAACUUUCUUCUUUUAAUUCAUUUUGAGUAAAACAUUGCGAUUAGGAGAAAGGAGGCCAGGAGAAGAGACUAGAAAGGAGAAGGAAAAAACAUGAAAAAAUAGAAACAAAAAAAGAAAAACAAACGAUUUGUAUUUAGAGAACUGAAAGGGGCCAUCGUGUUGUAUCUCUUUGUAAUGUCAGUUUGUUUCUUGUCUCUGUUGAAAUUUGCAAUUGAGCAAGUAGAAAGUGGUCUAGCAAUUGCUUCGAAAUGACUUGUGGUUUAUGGAAAUGGCCCGUCUCCAGUAAAUUAUCCAUUACGUUUCUCUCUCUAA